AAGGGUGUUUAACAACUAGUUGCUUUACUAUUACAGUUUAUAAACGACCGACUUAAAUUUGUCUUUUUUUUCGUUAGAAACGCUUGAAUAAAAAGUGACGUAUGCGUUGCUACAAAACUAGAACUCACUCAUAAUGAAUGUCUCUGUGACGUCACAAGCGAAUAAUCUGCUCCAGAACAUGCUCACGACGACAGAAUCGACGCUUAUGACGUCACAAGCAACUGUCGCGACCGCAAUAAACGGAACUUGUUUUAACUUUGACAAUAGCGCCGCUACUGUUGCGUCACAACUAAUAUUGGCGCUUGUUAUUGUUGUACUUAACAGCAUCGUUGUAACGGUCAUUUACACAGGGCCUAAGAAAACGUACAGGAAACCUGCAUUUGUGUUCAUUGGAGGUCUAGCAACAACUGACAUGUUGUUAGCACUCACAUUAUUGGCUUCCACUGCAGUUGCUGUAGGGAGGUACCAACUUCAUGCGGAUGCGUGGGUGGUCCUGACAGCGAUCACCAGCAUCUGUUUCAACGCUUCUGUUAACUUCCUAUUGGUUGUCGCUUUGGAUCGCUUGCUUUUCAUUGGCUACAACAGAAGCUACCGAAAAGCGAUGACGAAACGGAGAGUAAUCGCGCUGAUCGUUCUCUGUUGGGUUGUAGCUCUUAUCCCGGUGUUUCCCCUGUUUGUGGGGCAAGUUGGGUCGUGUGCGAAAUAUUGUCUAUGUCAGGCGGGCAAACGAAUGGUGUGCGAUCACCCCUUGUGCUCCAGGGUUGUGAAAGGUCUUACAAAGCAGUUCCUGUUCGGUUUGUUCUUUUAUUUCCUGGGAAUGUUGGUGUCGAUCGGCAGUGUUUAUCUUAUAUUGUUUUGGAAGGUAAAGCGUCAUGCAAAUCGUGUUCGUGACCUCACAGACGGGUCACGUGGCAAAACCAACCGCAUGAAACGAGAAUUCAAAUUAGCCCGAACCCUUGGUAUGGUGGUGGCAGCAUUCUUCUUCUGUUGGUCGCCUCCCAUGUUGCUCUACGUCAUCGAUUACGCGUCAUCCGAUGUCGUCAUCAGUGAAACAGUGGCGUUGGCUAUACUGAUGCCUGCUGUUCUCAACUCCCUAUGCAACCCAUUGAUCUACGCUGCCCGUAUUCCCCGCAUGCGGAGAUACCUUUGCCCAUGCGCCCGUAGAGUGGAUGAGACCAGCACCGAUGGUAGUGGAAGCAGGAGAGGGAAAGAUAGCAAGAAGAACCUUCCGAGUAUCCGCAAGUCGACGGAUAAGAAGACAGACACAAAGAACCCGAGUGGUAAAGAAUAUGCUCAAGAAUCUGCGGGGACUUCCCAACCGUCACAGGGGAACUCCAAUAUGGAAAGCACCAUCGGGGAUUUGCCUUCAAGGGAAGAGAAGACUGGCAAAUUUGGGAAAGUCCCUUUCAAGAUAGCGAAACGCAUCCGUAGUUAUAUUGGUAGAUCAACCAAUGAAGGAGAUUCAGCGGAAAGUGGGAAGUUAACGAACGGGUUCUCACAAGUCAAUCAUGACGUCAGCAUCACCCCAAGUGCGCCGAAUAGUGGUGGUGACGUGAUAGGGGGCGGAGAUGGGGGUCUUGAUGAAAGUAAAAUGUUAAUAAAGUUGGAUAUAAAAAGUUAUGGAGGCAAAAAGCUUAAGCAAUGGAACUUAAUAAAGCUUCAGCAUAAAACAGGUUUCGCCAUCAACCAGCACCAAAAUACAUUCCACAACUUUUUGUUUAUAAAAUUGUUCCAACUUGAUGGCAAACAUAACAUUACAGUUGUUCUGUGGCAACUAACUAUGUCUUACGGUACACACCGUGUACAAAUAUAAGUUGGUUUUAAUUUAAACAGUUUAAAAUAGAGAUCCGCUACGUUUAUCACUCACGUCACUUUUAAAUAACUUUACAAAACCAAAAUUCUACCAACAAUUUCGUUCCUACUGUUUGCCUGCCACCACUUGCAAUAUUCGUAGCUUACGCCGUCGCACAACAACGAUUGUCUUCUUAUAGGGCAUUCCCGUAUGCAGCGAAGUACUUUAAAACGAUUUAAAAUUGUGCUUACAGACAUUUUUCACUCGAGGAAAAUGAAAAUAACUUUUAAAAAAGUUUUACAUCUCGACAAAAAUACACCAAAAAAGAUUUACUGGUUCACUUCACGUGUAAAAUAAAAUCCGCUAAAAUUCAAGAUAAUUCUUGACGCGUAUACUGCGUGCAAACGAUUACAAAUAUGUUUCUACAUUUUCUUACGCAAUAGUUGUGCAUAUGUAACAUAACAUUAACCACCAUUUCUAACAGAUUCAAACGCUGUUAAAACGUUUAACCAAGAAACAACUGGGGUUCAAACCAUAAAAUACACCUUAAAAUUUGUUUGACCAAUAAUUAACAUAACCACUUUAGUUCGUAUUAGUCCAAUUCUUUUAGUAAAACUGUUGCUUUUUUGUUCAAUGUCCCAUUUUAAUGUUUCGUGUACGAUUACACACGUGUGAGUUUUACCUUUCAAAGUUUCAGCAUUAUGAGUUGCAGGUUUCAUGUUGUGUAAAUAUAAAUUAUUUCAAUAAAUUUGUUUCUAUAAAUAUUCAA